CGGGACUGAAGGCUAUGUCGUACCACGCUACCAACGUGGCGCUCCACGGACUGGCCACCGGCCUGGUGCUGUUCGUCGCCCGUACGGUGACGAGCAAGAUCGGCGCACUGAUGUCCGCCACCCUGUUCGCCGUGCACCCGGUGCACGCGGACGCCGUGGCCUCGGUGGUCGGCCGGGCCGACGUGCUGUCGUGCGUGUUCUUCUUGCUGUCAUUCCUGUUCUACGGCUGGCACGUGCGGGCCAGGGACAGCCACCGGCACCACGGCCAACAACAACACGGGCUCGGUGGUCGGCGGCCGCAGCCGUGCUGCGGCAAAAACGGCGACGGCCGUCCGGCGGCCGCUUACCUAGUGUUUUGCGUGCUGUUCGCGCUCCUGUCCAUGCUGUCCAAGGAAAACGGCAUAUCCGUCAUGGCUGUGUGCAUAGGUUAUGAACUCAUGCUGCGGCUUAGAUCCAUCAAGAGGUGGARCAAGGUAAAUGCGUACCAGGACAACAAGAUAACGUUGAAAGUGCUGGUUACCAGCACCGCGGUUAUGGUUGCGGGCCGGUUGUGCGUCAUGUCGGGCGCGGUGCCGUCGUUUGCGGCGUCAGACAACCCAGCGGCCAAGCACCCGGACCCGACCGUCAGGGCGCUGACGUUCUUGCACCUGCCUGUGGUCAGUGCCCGACUGCUGGUGUGGCCACAAGUGCUCAGCUACGACUGGUCGAUGGACGCCGUGCCGCGGAUCGAGUCGGCGGCCGACCCACGAAACGUGGUUACCGUGCUGUUCUACGCGGUUCUAGCGGCCAUCGCUCGCGCUUCCGUCCGGCGGAAACGGACUGCCGUGGCCGUGGCCGCCGCCGUKUCCGUCGCCUCGUACGUGCCCGCGUCCAACGCCCUGUUCUACGUCGGCUUCGUGGUGGCCGAGCGUGUGCUGUACAUACCAAGCGUCGGCUACUGCUUGUUGGUAGGCUCUUCGGCCGCCRCGCUGGCCAAGACCGCCAGUGGACGCCGGUCGGCCAUCGUGUAUGCCCUAUACGCCGUGACGGUGGCCACCUACGGUCUGCGGACCGUGCUCAGAAACCGCGACUGGCACGACGAAGAGUCGCUCUACCGGUCCGGCAUCCAAGUCAACCCACCAAAAUCUUAUGGCAAUCUCGGUUCGAUACUCAGCUCUCAAGGCAGAACAAACGAAGCAGAAAUGGCAUACCGAUCCGCACUCAAACAUCGGCCAAACAUGGCUGACGURCAUUACAAUCUUGGAAAUCUGUUACGGAACAACAAAAAUUAUGACGAAGCAAUUUCUAGCUACARGUCGGCGAUCAAUUUCAGACCUACAUUAGCGUUGGCGUAUCUGAGUCUGGGCGAUUGUUUGGCAGCUACUAAUCGGUACACCGAAGCCGAGGCGGUCUUGAACAAAUGCCUUUAUCUGGACGGUUCCAGAGUGAAAGACAUUAGGUCACACGUGACUGCUAAAAAGUCAUGUGUGCUUCGGUUGGGCAGAAUGUUUGCKACAGUUGGAAAACACCAGGAAGCAGUAAAAGUUUUCAAAUCGGCCAUCAAAUCUGACGGGUCUUCGUCGCAGACAAUGCUGUACGCCUUGGCAGACUCCCUGUCGGCGCUUGGCAGAGACGCGGAAGCCGAGCUCUACUACAGGCAACUGCUCCGGGUCAACCCAACAGACGUGUCCGCCUUCCUGACGUACGGCGAUCUCUUGGCCAAAAACCGUUCAAGAGUGUCCGAGGCGGAAGAAUGGUACGGCAAAGCACACCGGACUGCCCCAGACGACCCGAUGGUGCGGACCAGGUACGCUGAUUUCCUGUCUUCCGUUGGCAGGCUAGACGAUGCGGUGGAACAAUACGAGGCAGCUGCGGCGCUGGCUUCCGAUGACCACGAGAUCGUGGUCAAGACGGCCACGAUGCUUCGCAAGAUAGGCCGGACGUCCGACUCGGAAACGUACUACAGGAGGGCCGUGCGACUUUACCCUCAGGACGCGGCGAGUCACAGCAACCUGGGAGCGAUACUUCACAUCAACAACAAGUUGGACGAGGCAGAACGGUCGUACAAGAACGCGCUUCGACUGCAGCCGGACGACGCGACCACGUUGGCCAAUCUCCAGAAACUCAGAAACGUCCAUCGGCAUCGGCACACGGUCAAAUGAUCGGUACCCCCCGAUCUGUAAAAUUAUAAUACAUAACUUAUAGGUACAAUGUUAAUCAUACACGUGAAUAAUAUACCGUGGUUAUUCUCGUGGUCAUCGUAUCGAAGCCAAUUUCCUAUACCUAUUAUUAUAAUUAUAUGCAAAUAAUAUUAUCUUAUAUUCGUUACGUUAUUUUCCAUCAUGUACACUUAUACUUUUCUUCUUCGUAUUAUUUUCUUUUUUAACAAUAUUUUAUAAUGUUAAGUCUUUCUUUACGUUCUUUUUUUUUUUU